ACAGUUCGAUAACGAUUGUAUUGUUUUUUUUUUGUGAAAUUCUACAAUUUACCGGGCUAAAAUGGACGAUCUAAUCGACGAUUCGUUUGACGAUGUAUUGGCUUCCAUGGACAUGCCCACGGCUCCCAAGUUACCCAAAUUGCAGGUCCCAUCAGAGUCGCUAACCUCAAGCAAUAGUAGCAGCAACGUAGCUGCAGGUUCAUCCAAGUUGCCAUCAAAUCCGCACAGUGUUUUGGUUCAUAGUAAACAAAGGGGAAAUCCUAUUCUGAAAUCCAUUCUAAAUGUGCCUCUGGAGUUUCGCGAUGACAUUGUGCCCGAUUAUGUGGUGGGCCGCACAUCAUGCAUUUUAUUCCUAUCACUCAAGUAUCACAAUCUCAAUCCCGAUUACAUAUGUCAGCGUCUAAAAGCGCUGGGCAAGAUGUACGAGUUGCGAGUCCUGCUGGUCCAAGUGGAUACACCGGAGCCACACAAUGCGUUAAAGAGCUUAACACGUAUCUCAUUGCUGGCGGAUUUAACCAUGAUGCUGGCAUGGAAUGCAGAGGAAGCCGGCAAAAUCAUAGAAACGUACAAACAAUUUGAGAAGCGUCCGCCUGAUCUCAUCAUGGAGCGUGUGGAAUCGAAUCCCCAUCAGAAACUUGUGGCAGCGCUUACCAACAUCAAGCCAGUGAACAAAACCGAUGCAGUGACUCUAUUGCAGAUCUUCGGAAAUCUUGAGAAUCUUAUCAAUGCCAGUGAGGAACGGCUGUCUCAGGUUAUGGGUCUGGGUCCACGUAAAGCUAAGAAACUGUACAAGACGCUGCAUGAGCCUUUUCUUAGCAAAUAG